UAUUUCCGAUCAACUUCCCACCAUGGUGACUUCUGUUGACUGUUGUGAAAUUUCUAAGUUUACCUGAAGGCAACAUUUAAACACAAAUACUGCUAGCUUCAACAAAUACACGGAACUAUAAUUAUUUAGGCAAAUAUUUGGUCUCAUAGUGCGAAAGAAUGCCUUAAAUAGAUCUUAAUAUGUGGUUAUACUCUUUAAUUGCUAUUUUCUGGUUAGAGUUUGACAGGUAACGUUUAAUCAGGUAGCUGCUAGAAGCAGCUAGCAGUUGUUCCAACUUCCGCAGUCGGAUGCAGCUAAAGUAAACAAAAACAAAAAGCCUUAAUAGAGGUUUGUAAAUAAAAAUGGACAAGUUUGUGGUUCGACAUCCCAAGGGCGAGACACCGAAACAAUCUAAGAACGACGAAAAGGUUUACAAACAAACAACCAUUGAAUCUCUACGGAGAGUUGUUGUGAUUGAGGACAUCAUGCGCUACAAGGCAAUCCUGGAGCUGCCAGAACAGAGUAAGGACAACCUGCUUAAUGCCCUGUCAGAGCUGGGCAAGAAGAUCCCAUCCAGAGAGGUGCUGAAGUCCACAAAAAUAGGUCACACUGUCAACAAAAUGAGAAAGUAUCAGGACCCCGAGGUGAGCUCACUGGCUGCAAAGGUUUUCACUGACUGGAGGACGUUCAUUGAAGAGAAUUCCAAUAAGCCGUCUAUUGAGGUGCGCUCUGACAAACAAUCUGAAGGACUCCGGAGCAGCGCAAGAAGAAUGCUGUCCGAAGUUCUGGAGGUCAAGGAGGAUUCUGGUCUCACAGACAACAUUGAGAGAGAAGUUUUUCACCAGAGCUCCAGGUUGGUCAGCGGUUCGUACAGACGGACGGUUCGAGCGCUGGUGUUUGCCUUCAAACACAACCCUGAUAUCAGAAUUCAGGUUAAGGACAGCAAAAUGUCAGUCAACCAGCUGGUGUCGAAAUACAAAAAAUAACUGAAGAUACAUUUUUCAUAGCCUUGGACUGCACAUUCACCCUGUGAGUUUUUUUUAUUCCAUCAGUGUUUAUUUUCUGCGAAAAAAGUAGAAAAUAUGUACAUUUUGUUGCACAUUAGUGUCUUUACAUGUGAGUCACUGGAGGGAGAAGAGUCAAAGGAUGAUUUUUAAUUAGAUUUUUUCUUUUUUGUCAGGAGGUGUUGUACUUUUUAUGUUUUUAAUCCACUUUUUAUACAAAAUAAAACUUUAAAAAGACACAUUUUCAGCUUUGGUUUUUCAGUCCUUGUAUCAUUCCAUGCCAAUUCAACCAACAUUCACAGGUCAGGUCUGAGAGUUUCUUCAGAAACAUGGAGCUAUGGUCCCAACACCUUUUCAGUCAGGGUUUCGUCAACAGUUCAGAGCUGCAGAGAACUAAUGUUAUGAUAUUAAAAUUAUGCAAUAAUACUGAAACUAUAUAUUAACUUUAUAUUUCACCUAAAGUAUCUAUUUUGAUAUUUAUAUAUGCCUUUAAUUGCUAAUAAAAAUAUUCAAGUAUAGUUGUUUAGAUGUUGUUUGCACUUGG